GAAUGCAGUGGGGGAUGGACUGAUGCUGGAUCUCUUUCCCUCUCCUCCUCCAGCAGCAUCAUCAGCAUCUCUGCCGCUCAUCCCUUAUGCAUAGAACGUACAUUCAGAGAGAACAGGCGCUGGGAUACCCCCAGCAUGGGCCAGCUGUAAGGGCUAUGGGAGACCAGACCAGUGUAGGUGGGGGGAGACUGCCAGCCUCCCCCGAGCCUGAGAUGGAGGCCAGGAUCCAGAAAGCAGUGGAGUUUAAGACGGAAGGAUACUGCUGCUACAAGGACAAAAAAUUCAGGGAUGCAAUAGGCAAGUACCACCGGGCCCUGCUGAUGCUCAAGGGUGUCCAUGAAGACGGGGAGGAGAGGAAGGCCCACGGCGGAGCUGGAACAAGGUUGACGGAGGCUCAGAAGGUGCGGGUGGAGGCCACAGAGAUCGAGUGUUAUGACAGCCUGACUGCCUGUUUGCUCCAGUCAGAGCUGGUGAAUUAUGAGCGGGUGAAGGAAUAUUGCCUGAAGGUGCUUGAGAAGCAGACCAGCAACUUCAAAGCCACGUACAGAGCUGGCAUCGCAUUCUACCACCUAGGGGAUUAUGGAAACGCUCUGCUUUAUCUCAAGGAAGCCCGAAGCCGGGAGCCUACAGACACCAACGUUCUUCGCUAUAUCCAGCUGACAGAGAUGAAAGUGCAGAGAUCAAGCCAACGGGAGAGGAAAGCAUUUAAGGAAGUGAUUGGAUAGCCCACUAUGAGACCUGCUCCUGCCCAGACCUGUAUGUGAGGAUACUAUGAGCUGGUUCUGAGCAUUCCCCUGUACAAACCUCAACAGUCUCCCCCUCGUCAGGAGGCCACAAUACAGAAUAACGCAGCUCUGGCACUUUAUAUAAAUGAUAUGAUUACAUGCAUAAUGUUAGAAAUCUAUCUCCCCCUCAACUACCUAUGUGUCAAUGCAUGAAUUGUGUGCGUGUGUAUGUAUAUUACAUGAUAUAAUAUAUGUACACACUCAUAUUUAGGGAUGACAGGUCAUGCUCAGUAGCAGUGGUGACAGCACUCAAGGAUCCCGCAGUUCCAGUUCCCAACCUCCCAUCUUCCUCUGAUCAAGAAGAUUUGCCCGAAAAUGACUUUUCCCAGUUCGUUCCCAAUAUAAUUGGAUGCAUAGCAUUAUGGGCACUAGUUAAUUACAAAUCCUGUAACAAUAGAAAGAGCAGACUCAUUCAGUCAGUGGGGAAUAUACUUCCAGCUGCAUAGAUCUCUAAAGGACAUAACUGAGGAUUCCACAUUCCACCACCACCCCCUCCGCACAAGACCACUACUGGACUAGAUUUAUUGCAUUGCCAUCAAAUCUUAAGGUCUCUCAUAGGAAUGACCAAGAUCCUUGCAGAAAAUUGGAUGUAAUUGUGAUGCCUGAUGAUACAUUGAGUUAAAGCCGGCUCUGCACCUUACGACUGCCGCAUCUAAUGCUCCGCACGUUCAGCACAAGCUGGACUCUCUCCGAAGAAGGUGUGCCCCCUCAUGCCGUGCGAAGGGCCAGCGUGGCUCCUUCUUUGGUCUUAUAAGGAUGUUGUGUAGGACUUUCUUUUUGUAAAUAAAAGCAACUAACUGUG